GAGCCAAAGUUACCGCGGGAGUUCAUCCUCGACGCCUUUGCCGACCCCGCGUCUGUCCGCGAUGUUGUCCGAGGCAUCCUCCACACAAUCUUCUUCCACCGCUACUUCCCCACCAUAGUCCCGCAGUCCCACGAGGUCCUCGACCUGACCCUCCCCUACGUCGCCGUGCCCGAGCUCGAAACCCUCAUCGACGCCAGGACCGCCGCCCUCGUCCGCGAGCUCGACUCCUCGUCCUCUUCCUCGGGAGGGGGCCGUGGCCAGGUGUCGGUGCAGUUCAUGGAGAUGACGCGGCGGCGCAAGUUGUGGUACAAGGGCGGCGACGAGGAGGUCUGCUGGGAGAGCUGGACGGUGCGGGUCACCGUUGCCGAGCCCAGGACGGAAAGCGAACGAGCAAAGGUCCGCAAGGCCAUGGAGUCUACCCUCCUCGCCAACGUCAUGAAGGUCAUUACCUCUGUCAACACAUACAAAGAUCACAUCCCGCCCAUCACCAUCAUGGGGGCCAAUCCCUUUCCUUACUCGAUUACCGUGAACCAGAGAGAGGCU